UCUGCGUCUUCUCCACCUCCGACGCCAAAAGAGCUCUCAGCUCCUUCUCCAGUGUGUCCGCAUUCUCUCUCAGAUGAUGAGAAAGAAAGGAGGGAGCUUUACUUCUCUCUAUCUCUUCGUCGUCGCCCUCUUACUCGCCGGAGCUUGCGUCCCCUCCAGCGCUGCAGGCGGCGAAAACGACGCCGCGGUCAUUGAAGAUCUAGUGAAGGGACUGAAGAAUGCGCCGGUGGAUUGGAAGGCGGGUUCAGAUCCGUGCUCCCCGAAAUGGAGUGGCGUUUCGUGCUCUGGCGGCCGCAUCACGGGCAUCAACCUCCGAGGUCGCGGCAUUGCUGGCACCCUACCCGCAUCCAUCUCCUCGCUCAGUGGAUUGCAAUCUCUCUUCCUCUCUGGCAACCAACUGUCCGGUCCACUUCCCUCACUUGGCGGACUCGCUGCCCUCGAAGUGAUCUCCCUCGAUUCCAACCUCUUCUCUUCCGUGCCCUCAGAUUUCUUCUCGGGCCUCUCUAGCCUCCAGAAGCUCUCCAUCAACGACAAUCCCCUCUCCCCAUGGCAACUCCCGGACUCUUUGGCUGAUUGCCCUCUCACUUCUGUCUCCGCCUCCAAUGCCUCCGUUUUCGGCCCCCUUCCGGACUUCUUCGACCGGCUUUCCUCACUCCAAUUCCUCCGCCUCUCCUACAACAACCUCUCCGGCCCACUCCCUGCUUCGCUCUCCCGAUCCCAGAUCCGCAAUUUCAUCCUCAACAACCAGCAGGGUCCCCAGCUCUCUGGUCGCAUCGACGUUAUUGGCAAGAUGAGCCAGCUCUCCCUUCUGUGGCUACAAUCCAAUGCCUUCUCGGGGCCCAUUCCCGACCUCUCCAAUCUCACUUCCCUUCAAUCCUUCAAUCUCCGCGACAACGCCCUCACCGGCGUCGUUCCCAGCUCACUCACCGCCGCCGCCUCUCUUCUAAACGUAUCAUUAUCAAACAACAAUCUGCAAGGUCCGAUGCCCAAGUUCGGUCCCACAGUCUCCGCCGACAUUGAGAAGGGAAACAACUUCUGCCUCCCGGAAGCUGCGCCUUGUGACAGCAAGGUGAUGAAGCUGCUUGCUGUGGCGGCAGGGUUCGGCUACCCUGCCCUGCUAGCGAGUUCAUGGACCGGCAAUGAUCCAUGUGGCGGCGGCAGUCGAUGGUUUGGUGUGAUUUGUGAUCAGCAGGGGAACAUUAUGACUCUCAAUUUCGCAAACCAGCAUCUUGAGGGCUUUAUUGCUCCGGAGAUUGCCAAUAUCUCUUCGCUGAAAAAUGUGAUCUUGAGCAACAAUAGUCUCACCGGCGUCAUUCCAAAUUCACUUGCCACUUUGCACCAGCUGCAACUGCUUGAUGUUUCCUAUAACCAGCUCACUGGGUCCAUACCUAGCUUUGCACCUACAGUUAGAGUGGUAAAAUCUGGCAACAACUUUGGUUCUGGUUCUUCAGGAGGAGGAGACUCUGAUAGAUCUGCAUCAGGUGUGGCGCCAGGUUCUAAUCAGUCUUCAUCUUCUCCAGAUCAUAAUGGUAAAUCCAAGUCGUCUACAGAAUUCAUUGUGGGAAUGGUAGUGCUUGUUUUAUUUAUUGCGGGUUGCUUAUUUGGUCUUGUUUACUACCUCCUUGGUUGCAAGAAGAAGCAGAAUUUUAAGAGAGUAAGAAUGGAAGCCUCUCCAGAGCGGCCAGGGCAUGCCAAGAUUGGAAUUAUGGGCUUCAAUAGUGAUGGCAAAGUUAAGAGUGAGCUUAAUACACAGAGCAGUGAUGGGAACUGUUCUGAUAUAACAGUUCGUAGCGAAAAUAGUGAGAACUUAAUGUCAAUUGAGGAUCUUUGGAAGGCAACAAAUAAUUUCAGUGAAGAUGCUAUUUUGGGCAGCGGGGGAUUUGGAGUUGUUUACAAAGGAGUUUUAAGUAAUGGAGUCAUUGUUGCUGUCAAAAGGUGUGUGCUUGAUCUGCUAAGUAUGAAAGGAAUGUCAGAGUUCAAGGCAGAAAUUAGCCUUAUUGGGAAGGCAAAGCACAGGCAUUUGGUAUCCCUUAUAGGUUAUUGUGAGCAUGAGAAAGAGAGGCUGCUAGUUUAUGAAUACAUGCCAGAGGGAACACUGGCGCAGCACUUGUUCGAUAGGGAAGGGAGCAGGUUUUGCCCUUUAACUUGGAAACAGAGAUUGACUAUAGCCCUGGAUGUGGCAAAGGCAAUGGAGUACCUCCAUAGUUUUAUGCAGGGAAGCUUCAUUCAUAGAGAUCUGAAGCCCUCAAACAUUCUGCUUGACAAGGAUUUAAGGGGCAAAGUUUCAGAUUUUGGUUUGCUCAAGCUUGCAGGAGACAAUGAGAAGUCACUGGCUACUCGGUUAGCUGGGACAUUUGGGUAUCUUGCACCGGAGUAUGCAAUAACCGGAAAGAUCACAAGAAAAAUUGAUGUUUAUGCAUUUGGUGUGAUACUCUUGGAGCUCAUGACAAGUAGAAAGGUGCUUGAUGACACUGUCCCCGACGAAGACGCCAAUUUGGUUGCUACCUUUCGCAGGAUCCAUCCCAGGGAUGUAUCUAGCUUAGACAAAUUUGUCGAUUCUUCCAUCUUUCCCAACGACGAAUCUUGCAGAAGCAUUGCCGAUGUUGCAGAGAUUGCAUAUCACUGUACCACCCGCGACCCCAACUACAGGCCUGAGAUGAGCAAUGUGGUCACCAUGUUAUCUCCCAUUGCAGACCAGUGGUCUCCUAACAAUUACGGGGAUCAUGGUGGAGAUGGCAAGUUGAGCAUAAGCCUUACCAGUAUGGUUCAUAAAUGGCAAGUGAGUGAUGAUUCUUCCUAUGUCGAUUCAUUCAGCAGUUACCAGGCAAGCACAAGUACUUUCCAUUAGAUUUACUGGGAAUAACUACCUGAACUAUGAUUUGUUCUCCCAUUGUAAAGCUUGUGGGAGAAGUGCUUGUUGCAUAUUAAGCAUUUUAGGCUUCGUUUGGGACGACUUCUUAUUGCUUCUAAAAGCAGCUUUAUAAUAAAAAAAUAAAUUUUCUUUACUAGAAAGCUGCUUCAAAAAGAAAUAAAAAAGCCGUCCCAAACGAAGUCUUAGUUAGAGCAGACCACUUGUAGAAUGGCUCGGCUUCUACUUCAGUAAGAACUGAAGGAACUGGAUUCUUUCUUUGAGUGGUUAAAGAAAGUUCUGUUGUUCUAUUUUCUGUUUUCUUUUAAAUUUUCUCAGUGGGGAAAUCAAUAUGAGAGUUCUUACCAUUCAUUUAGUUGUCUUACAUGUAUUGCUGUCUGUAAAUUCAGAACCUGAUUUGGGAAGAAUGAAAGCAACAAGAACAUUACAUUAUCUGUUCUUUUUGUCUCUCCUCUUAGAAUACAAUUGAUUUCACCUUUCAAGCUUUUGUGAAGUGAUAACUGUAUUUAAGCUCUCAAUCUUAAUGUGACAAUGGAGGAAGCUACUAAACAAGAAGAGAAUGUUGCAGCGAGGGUGCAGGAAAAAGCUAAACCUUAGAGGGUCCAAUUCGAAGAGGAAACCCAGACAAAAAUGGUGGCAGAAGUGUUCAUUGCUUGGGAAGCCAUGACUGAGGAAGCUACAGCCCACAGUCCAUGAGCAGAAGACAAAACAAUCUGACCAGAAAAUUGAGAAGGCCACUGAGCUGACCUAAUUGCUCAUCGAGAUGGUGCUGUGAGAAGAUAGUGAUGUAAUUGUGUUGCAGUGGGAUUCAGCUGGGCCUGCACCGUGAGGUAUGUUCCUUUCUUUCAUGGCUUACAUAACAAAUAUGGGCGCAAUGAAUGA